UAAUCAAUUACGUUCAAAAGCACGCUGGAAAAAUAUAUUCUGAAUGCGUGCAGAAACAACACAACGCAGUAAACCACAAAGAAACCCUAAGCCACCAGCAGCUCUUCUUCUAGGGUUUUGUUUUUUCCUCGAUACAUCUUUCUUCUUCAAACUCUCCGCCAUUGUCAAAACCCAUGUAACGAUAAAUCCCAAAACUUUUUUUUUCCCUUUUCUUUCUGCCCUCACAUACAAUAAAUAUUUGAUUUUUAUUUUUACAUAAGGACAUGGAAGCCAGAGUUGGUGGCGUGGUUGUUGAUGGAGGUCAAAGAGCUUUCAACACUGCUCACGGUACGGUUGUCGACGUCAGUGCCAGAAAAUUCUUACAACCGUCGCAGCAACAAAAUCAGUCUCACCAGAGCCUUAACGCUCCUCAACGGCCAUUUAACCACCAGAAAUCGCAGAUUGGAGCCGUACAGCAACUUCUUGCCGGUGGUAUAGCUGGUGCUUUUAGCAAGACCUGUACUGCCCCUCUCGCACGGCUUACUAUUUUAUUUCAGGUGCAAGGUAUGCACUCUGAUGUUGCAACAUUGAGCAAGACUAGUAUAUGGCGUGAGGCUUCUCGUAUUGUUAAUGAAGAAGGGUUCAGAGCAUUUUGGAAGGGAAAUCUGGUUACCAUUGCGCACCGACUUCCUUACUCUUCUGUCAGUUUCUAUGCUUAUGAGCGUUACAAAAAUUUGUUGCAGUCGGUUAUGGGCUUAGAAAAUCAUAAUAUAAGUACAAGUGCUGGAUCUUGUGUGCACUUUGUAGGUGGUGGGUUAGCAGGAAUUACUGCUGCAUCUGCUACGUAUCCACUGGAUCUUGUAAGGACACGCCUUGCAGCACAGAGACAAACGAUGUACUACAAAGGUAUUUGGCAUUCAUUUAAUACCAUUUGCAGAGAAGAAGGAUUUUUGGGCUUGUAUAAGGGACUCGGAGUGACUCUAUUGGUUGUUGGACCUAGCAUAGCAAUAAGUUUUUCUGUUUAUGAGUCUCUCAGAUCUUUCUGGCAGUCUCAAAGGCCCAAUGAUUCUAAUGUCAUGGUCAGUCUUGCUUGUGGUAGUCUUUCAGGCAUUGCAUCAUCGACAGCAACAUUUCCUCUUGAUCUUGUGAGAAGAAGGAUGCAGUUGGAAGGGGCUGGUGGCCGAGCUCGUGUCUAUAACACUGGGUUGUUUGGGACAUUAGGUCACAUAGUCAGAUCUGAAGGCUUGCGAGGCUUGUAUAGAGGAAUUUUGCCAGAAUACUCUAAGGUGGUUCCAGGUGUUGGCAUAGCUUUCAUGACGUAUGAGACAUUGAAAAUGCUUCUAUCAAGCAUCUCCACCACUAAUUGAUAAUAUUCCGGUUUCCUAUAUAUACUGCCAUAAAACUUCCCAUGAGGUUGUUUAAUUGUUAGGCUUUCAACAUGAAAGAAGAAGAAUGACAAUCAGUUGUUUAAAGAUACAAGUCAAGUAGUAGCAGAGAUGUCCACUAUGUUGCAUUGCUAGAGAAUUUCCAUGGUGGUAAAUUUUGUCGUUGCCACUGCGAGAUAACUUCUUAUUUGUUAUGUAUAGAUAGCGAAGCAUUGUGAGAGUCAUAUCAACACCAUCCAGUUUCAACAUAUUGAAAUCUGUAGUGACCUUAGAUAUAUGCAUUUCAUUGUUGAACAUGUCAACUUAAUGGCUUUGUAACUUAUUCAAUUCCUACAUUUGGGAGGUAUGGGUGUUUACCACCUGUAAACUAUUUGAUUUUGAUGAAAAGAUUACUAGGGUUUUUGUUCUA